AUGAAUACCAAUAGGAGUUGUGGAUGUAAGAGCUUUCGCUCUUGCUACAUUUGUGAGAAGGAAUUCGGCAUUAAAAAUUCGGACACGGCCCAAGACCGAGUCGACGGCUUCCAAACCAUUUUUAAGUUCUGUCUGGAGCAAGAGCUAUUAUUCUCCGACACUGAUAAUGCUCCCCAAUCCGAUGGAAUCCCGUUUCCCGGUGUCAAGAUUUUCCCGGAAUUUAUAUCGAUCGAGGAAGAAAAACAGCUAAUCCAAGAUCUCGACAGUCUUCCCUGGGACGCUUCUCAAAGUGGACGUAGAAAGCAGAACUUCGGUCCGAAGGCCAAUUUCAAGAAACGCAAGGCCAAAGUUGGCGAUUUCCGUGGAUUUCCCAUAUGCACAAAGUUCAUUCAAGACCGAUUCGCUAGUUUGCCAUGUCUGAAAGACUACAAGACUGUGGAGCAAUGUUCGAUUGAAUAUAGGCCGGAAACUGGCUCCAGAAUCGAUCCCCACAUCGAUGAUUGCUGGAUCUGGGGUGAGCGCAUCGUUCAGCUGAAUCUCCUCUCGGACUCCUACCUCACCUGCCUACCUUACUUAGGAGACAAGACCAAAUACAAUUUACCCGACCUGUCUACCUUCCCCAAGAUCUUGGAUGACGAGGCUAACGUCGUCUUUAAUCCUUUUGAUGAUGCGAAUCUAAGACAUGACAACGCACCGUCUUAUUCACUGAAAGACACUCAAAAGCUCCUGAAUGGCGCGGUAAAAAUUCCAUUGCCUCGUCGAUCCCUACUUGUGUUCUUUGGCGAGCCUAGAUAUGAUUGGGAGCAUUGUAUUCUACGGCAAGACAUCUCUCAGAGACGAAUUGUGAUAGCCUACCGAGAGUUCACCCCACCUUAUCUGCCCGGAGGGGCUCACGAAGACAUUGGCGAGGAAAUUCUGAAUAAAGCCAAAGAAUUCUGGUGAAUUUCUUUGUCCGUAAAAUCAUUUUUUUUUCUCCAGGUCCCUUUUUGAUAUUUCUUGUUGAUCUCAUGUCUUCAUUCUUGAUAAAUACGAAAACCACCUUAACUUCA